AUGAUGAACUGCUUGCAAAUCAAUGACUGAAUUGAACCGUUUUGUCAAGACCAAAUUGCUUUAUAUAAGGAAUGUGCUGAACGAAGGGAUAAGGAGAUACGGAAGCGACUUCAAGAUAGUGAAUUGAAGUUGGGUUUAUCAAUGCCUCUAGAUGAAGCCAAGGGGAGGGCCUCUCAGCUUGAGGCAGAAGUUACAUCAUUGGAGAGGCGCCUAAUUCUUGCUAUUGGAGUUGAAGGCAUUGAAGGUUUCCGCCAAAGAUGGAGCCUACAUGGCCGCCUUACUGAUUCCAAAAAUAGGUUGCAGUUCUUAAAGCAGGGCAUAGAUAGCAGAAAAAAAAAGGAUUAGUCCAUUGGAGAAUCAACUACCAAAAAUUGACUCUUGAUGUGAAGAUUGAACCGGCAUGAGGAUUGCACCAUGUUUUGUUUGUCCUCCCAAUACUUUAAAGUUUCAACUUUUCUAAUAUUCCAAGUGAUAAAUCAACCAAGAGUUUGGGAUUUUAAGUCUGUAUUCUGCAUUUACAGAGAUCGACUGAUAAAAUAUUGGAUUUGACCAUUUUUGUGUUUGCUAGGAGUGUUAAUUAGUUGGAUCAAUUCGACCAACCUAUGAAUGUAAAACACAUGAAUUGAAUUGGUUCAAAUGGUUUAGAUAUUGCAUUUGCAAUCUACAAAUCCUUUAUAUUUGAAUAAAA